AACCGUCUUAUUUUGAUGAUGAAUAUGAAGGCACGCUAAGCCGGGCUGGAGCGGAGCGUCUCAGAGGCUGCGCUCCUUCCAGAGCCCAAGGACUUACAGCUUCUUCCGCUGCCUCCCUGUGCCAACAACCACCCCCCCCCCCCCAAAAGUUGUGAUGCUUUUCUUUACCCAGUGCUUUGGGGCUGUGUUAGAUCUCAUUCACCUCCGCUUUCAGCACUACAAGGCUAAACGGGUUUUCUCCGCUGCGGGGCAACUUGUCUGCGUUGUAAACCCCACGCACAACCUAAAGUAUGUGUCCAGCCGCCGUGCCAUCGCUCAGAGCGCACCAGAGCAAGGCAGCUUCCCCCCCCACCACCUCACCCACCACCACCGCCAUCACCGUCCCCACCAUCACCUCCGCCACCACGCUCGCCCGCACCACCUCCACCACCAGGAGGCAGGGCUGCACGCUGCCCAGGUGACGCCCUGCAUGUGCCCCCUGUUCUCCUGCCAGUGGGAAGGCCACCUGGAGGUGGUGGUGCCCCAUCUACGGCAGAUGCACAGGGUCGACAUCCUCCAGGGAGCAGAGAUCGUCUUCCUGGCCACGGACAUGCACCUGCCCGCACCGGCCGACUGGAUCAUCAUGCACUCCUGCCUGGGCCACCACUUUCUGCUGGUGCUUAGGAAGCAGGAGAGGCACGCAGGGCACCCCCAGUUCUUUGCCACCAUGAUGCUGAUCGGGACCCCCACCCAGGCCGACUGCUUCACCUAUCGCCUGGAGCUCAACAGAAACCAUCGGCGUCUGAAAUGGGAGGCCACCCCCCGGUCUGUUCUCGAGUGCGUGGACUCAGUGAUCACUGACGGGGACUGCCUUGUCCUCAACACCUCGCUGGCCCAGCUCUUCACCGACAACGGCAGCCUGGCCAUCGGGAUCGCCAUCAUGGCUGCGGAGGUCUGCCCGUCAGAAGCCGAGACGUGAAGCCGGAGGCCACUGGACGUUUGGGCACAGCCACCUGCCCCCAGACGCUCUACCUGUGUCCCUGGGAAUCUCCGGAGGCCGGGACCCCAGGCUUCUUUUUAUUCUUCUCCCUCCUUCCCGCCUUCCUUCCUUUCUUUUUUUGUCUCAGGUACUUUGUGGUAUUUAGUAUUUGUCUGCCGUGGGCAUUAGAGUAGGUAAACAGCCUGUGAUUCAUGAUCUUGGUGCGAGGCUCGUCCUGAUUUGUCCGUAUAGCUUCACAGAGCAUUUGUAACCCGAUGCAGUCAGAAUGGUGAGUUCCCGCACCCCCAGUGCCCUUCUCCACUGCUUCCCACAUAAGCAAAAGUCACUGAGACCACGAAGCGGGCUGUUGGGGUUGAGAGGAGGUUUAGCGUCUGAAUCCUUUUUUCCUUCUCUCUUCGCCUAUUUCCAACCGAGCUACCUCUGAGAUGUGAGGACAGCAGGUUGGGGAAGGCGACCUGGCCAGCUCAGAGUUAUGUUUCAGACCAGCCAGACACAACUCUGACAUCUUCCCAGGAACCUUAAGGUCAGAGCUAAGCUGCCUGGAUGUGACGAGACGGGAUCUCCUCUGAAGGCCAGGGCACCGGGCUGCCGGGGUCAUCCCAUCAUGAGGUUGCCAGGGGGACCUCUGUUGGCGGGCUGCCAGGGGCUUGCCAUCAGCCUGGGCUGUCCUUCCCUGUGCUGGGUCAAAGCCCUCAUGUUUAUGGUGCUCUCCUGAAAACCUCUUUGCCCUCUGUUGAGCAAGUCGGAGAAAAGAACAGGCAAGAUGCGGGGGAAGAGAAGCCACUGAGAAAAAAAGAUAAAUUAAUCUCCCACCUCUGGGAGGGCAUUCUUUCCUCGGAGAGUUUUAUUAUCAAAUUGUAAAAUCCAUCAAUCCUUUCACUGGGGCGGAACUCUUCCGUAACACGCGAAGAAACCCACUUUACUCUUGAUAUCCCGUAAAGCAGAAUCAUAACUCGGCAUCAGACCCAAGGAAUUGGGAGGGUGUGCCAGGACCUCUGACCUCUGGAGUUCAGAGGUGACUCACACACCUGGGGCAGGGGAGAGGAGGUCCUCUUUCUUUUUCUUACAGCAUACAAACAUUGUCACUGGUCAGCUAUUGCCAGCUCCCUGUUGCAGUGCGAAUGGAAAGGUGACAAAAAUCCAUCUUGCCUCUACAUAGACUGCUUCCUCAUGUUUGCUUGUCAGAAUAAUUCAACACCUUCUUGUAGAAGUUUCUCUCGUAUAUUUGAAGAGAGUAAGCAUGUUUAAAUGGACUUUGUCUCUUCUGUUCAAAGGUGAACACCGUUCAGCCUUCCCAGUAUACCCUCUUCUCCCUCCUAAUGUUUGUGUUUUCUUUGGCUACGCUUUGGUCGCUGAAGAGCCUGGCACCAAACCCCACACAACACUCAGCAGAAUUGAGUGAGCCUUCUGCCAUGCAGAUGUGGCUCUGGCCCGUUCCCUCACCCCAGCUAUCUCGGCUGCGUCUGGGCAGCCCUCCAAGUGAGUACUUAGUUUCAGGCAACUUGCCCUGGUUCACCAUCAGCAGUCUUUUCCCCACUAAAAAUAAUUGAUCCCGAAACACAACACCCUUCCCCCCAAUAUUAGAUCAUCCUCCAGUCACCUCUGCUGCCAAUCCACACCCCAAGCACCAGAAGGGUGGUGCCAGUCAGUAGAAGAUUCCCUAAACCAGCCCCUUCUAGUCACACAGCAAUCACUGAGACCAAAUUGUGGGGCCAAACUUUGGUCAGGUUAGAGCCCCGAGGGGGCCCAUAAACAUCGUAUCACUAACUGAGGCAAACAUCAGGUCAUGGUCCCAAGGAAACGGUUGGAGUCUGCUCACUCUGUCAGAACAUCCUACCAGGGCACCAGCUCUGCCCUUGAACCACACAGACGCCCGGGAACAAGUUGAGGCUGGCCGGCCAGCACAGGAGAGACGGGCUCACUUAUUUCCUUCCUUUAUCCACAGGCCCUUCCCCAAAACCUCAGAUCUCCUUGCCUGUAAGUCAUACUUCAAGAAGCCACAGCUCCUCCCCUGGUUCCUGAUACUCAGCUACUCUGAAACAUUUCUGUAGCAUCACAGGUGCCCCAGACAAACCAACAGACAAAACCUCAAUGAGAAUAUAAUUACAGUCCACAGGGCCUUAGAAUUCCUAUAGACAUCACCUCUGCCUUCUUCUUGUGCUGUUACCUGAGCCAAACUGGGAAUAACUUCAGGUUAUUAUUGCACAGAAGACUGGAUUAUGAAUGGGGGACCCCAGACAGGAACUUGUAUUUUGGGUACUUAGGAAUGUCUAGAAUAAAGGGUAGGAAUGUUUCCUUUUCAUCCAUCUAUGGUGCUCCCCAGAAGGCCUCCCUCUUCGUAGCCACACAUGAGGAAUUAAAGAAAAAAGAGCAAACCAAAAACAAUGACGAGAGAAGAGAAAACAGCACCAACAGCGUGCUGUGGUGAGCUUUACCGCUACAAAUGGCUCCCACAUUCCAGUCUCGGGUUAAGUAAAUCCUUGACGACAUCCUCAGUUUACUAGAAAAAAAUAGAGAUUCAGAGACACGAAAUGACCUUCCCAAGGUCACACACCAAGUGGUUAGGACCAUGAUUAGAACCCGACCAAAUGACUACAAAUUUGGUGUUCUUGGAAAAGGAAGACUGACCCCAAAUAUUCAGCAGUGUUCCCUCCCACCUCUUCAGUGGACUAAUGGUCCCAAGGUUCAACCCGGUCUUUGUUCUGGGAUAUCUGAGGGAUCAGGGAGAGAGAGAGAGACUGGAGUGCAUUUGCUCUUAAAGGCAGCUCAGCUGGAAGAACUGGUCAACCUAGAAGCAGAGGGUGGGGUGGU